AUGGAAGACUCAGCGGUCAAGCGGCGCAAAUUAUCACCCACGACAUCCAUCCCAAUCGACGCGCCUGCGACUCCAAGCCGAAUACCAGUUCCUCGAGCAGAUGGCGCACAACCUGCCUCACGCAGACCAUCUUUCGCGUCUCCCACAAAAGCGAGCUUAUCUCGACACCACCCGCAAAUUCUGAACAGGCCUCUGUCGUCUGGCGCCGGAAAUGGGAGGCCUGCAAGUCGCAGUAAGAACUUACAAGAUGUCUUCGGGAGGGCCUUGGGAGAAACACAGACCGUGAAAGUAGGGCGGUCUGUUAUCAGCAACGAUGACAAGGAAGGGUCGAGGUCCAUGUCAACGACGCAAGAAAAUGACUCGUCUGCUUGGGACAAUUAUGAUAUGAGCCAAAAGACUCUCCCGGGAGGGCGAAGCAAAGAGCCUGUUGGAGCUGGAAUGAUUGCGAAACCUAACAGGCUGCCGCAAUCGCCUAAGAAGCAGCCUGAGCGUUCAGCUUUAGUGAAUCCUAUUCCGGAUGUGCUGCCAGAAGACUUCAACCCGUUCCUGAAGAAGGGCCUAAGAAGGUCACCUAUAAUCUCUUCAGCUGAAGUUCCGGCGGCAGCUGUGGUUCACGAUCCCAUGGAUGUAGACGAAAACUUCAACCCCUUUCGGAAAGCUGGACUCAGAAGAUCUCCUAUAUCCUCACAACCUCAGAAGGGACUUAGAAGAUCUCCAAUUCCAACGCAGCCUGUCGAAACCAUCCCUAGGAGAUCACCUACCCCACAACAGCAUUUCACAAGCGGUAGAGCGUUAGACGAAUUUAUAGUGUCGCCUGUUCGUUCACAGCCUUUGCAACCAAGUCCUAGGAAGUCACCGUUUCCAUCAAGGUCGGCAUUGAGAAGGUCACCGGUGUUCUCCCAGGAUAUAAAUCCCAUACAUCAGGCAAGCCAGAUAUCCGAACAACGCUUGCUUAGCACUCAAGAAAUCAGUCCCGUGACCCCAGCAAAGCCACCUCCUCCCCCUAGGAGAUUACUUGCAGAGAUAACACGGGACGUGGACGUGUCAGAGCCUGAAAAUGCAUCAUCUGAGUCUAGGCAGGAAGUUGCAUCUGCACCUCUCGAACCGAAUUCACAACCGAAGAUGUUUUUAACAGAGAUACCAAAACUUCAAGAGGAACAAAUCGAGGCUCCUAUUUAUGAUGCCGAGCCAACAUACAAACUGGUACACGAACCGGUACCUGAAGCUAUUGUUUCGACGACCCCUACAGAACCACCGCCUAGGGUCAGCAGCGUCGCCGAGAGCAGAGACUACUCUAUGCAAGAGCAGGAACGGACUCCUGUCCCAAAAAUGACUCAGAGGCCACAAGUUCCAAGUAUAGAUGUCCAAGACCUCAUUCAUGGGACCCGCCGUGUAGAGGAGCCCGAACUGCGGCCUACACCGACGCAACUAGAAAUUCCUGAUCCGGUUGUUACUACGUCGUCUCCCGGAACUCCCGACACACCGAGCAAGAGGGCGAAAAAUCGCAAACUGAAAAUAUCGCCUUUGAGACCUCGCGCUCCGUCGCCCCAAGAACCCAAGGAGCCAGUGCCAUUGCCAUUGACAGAGCUCAAAGCCGAGAAACCUAAGCGGCGCAAAUCAUCACGAUUUAUGAUUCCGGAAGACCCUCAUGCUGCCAAGAAAAGAGCUCGUGAUGACCUGCUCAAGGAGCUCCAGCAAUUACAGGCAGACGUUGCACUUGCGAAUCGGGAGAAUGAGCGCCUGCGAAUACGCUCGGCAUCCAAGAAGAAAGGACAUUCGACAGCUCCAAAUCCAGAUGAACUGCAAUCAAUGCUACUACGGUCCACGGCGCCUGAACCUUCAUCUGAUGCUCGACCAAAACCCACCAGCAUAUUCCAGUCUAUCAACGCAUUUUUGCCAUUUCGGCCACGAAGAAGACCAGCAGCAGCUCCUGUAUCAGAAAAGCCUUUGCCUUCUCACCUCCCUAUUGCACUUACUGAUCCAUUGCCCUAUCUCCAGGCUUUCAGUCCACUGAAGUACAGCUCAACCAUCACUCUGCUCCCUUGUGAACCAAUCUUAAGCGACAAUUCUUCUCAAUCCGAAGAGCAGCCUGUGAUGCAGAGGCAUGUCAUUAGUGCUUCUCAUCCUUCGGGCCUCUUCUCGACAAGGUUCUCAAUGACUGUGGACACAUCCUCGCUCAGUAUCGCUGCUCUCGAUAUCCUCAGGCUGGACAUGAAUGCAGAGAAAGAGUUGGGAAGCUUUAUAAGAGCUCGAGCUAGGUCGGACAGUGUCUUGGGGAAAGAUGUCACGGUGGUGUGCUGGGCAAUGUCUCGCUGGAUUGAGGUGUCGAUACAGCGUGCUAGGUUUUGGUGUACUAUUGAACAUGAGUUCGGGACCCCACAGGCGAGGGCUCGAACACUACUGAAGAAGAAGAAGCGGAAACGACAGGGUGCACCAGACGCCACAGCAGAUGAGAUGGCAGUCGACGAGUCUGAAGAUAGGCAGAUAUGGACGAGGCGGCAGAUGCUUCCUCACAUAGGACGCACGGGCGCAGAGCUGAGUAAUAGUGAGGUUGAGCUGAGGUUUGAAUGGAAGAUCUCUUUUGACUGGACUGGAGAGGUGGAAAGUGCUCUUACGGCGAGUGCAAGGCUGCCUGGAGCUUGGCAACAUGCAGACGAUAGGAGUAGUCUGGCGAAGGUACCAGAUACCUUCGACAAGCUUGUGAAGGAGCGAGGCCCUCUGGGCGCAGUCCGAGCUACUGUUGGAAUAUUCAUGCCAGUGUGA